AUGGAUAAUAUCUUCGAUGCAUCCGAAGUGUACAGACGAGAGGGAACUCCACUUAUUAUUCUUAGCGGCAAAGACUACGGCUGCGGAUCAUCGAGAGAUUGGGCGGCAAAAGGACCGUAUCUUCUCGGAGUUCGAGCCGUUAUUGCAGAAAGUUAUGAACGAAUUCACCGAAGCAAUUUGAUUGGUAUGGGUAUAAUCCCAUUGGAGUUCAUGUGCGGACAAAAUGCCGAAUCGUUAUCAUUGACUGGUAAAGAGAUUUAUAGCAUUGAUAUCCCAGAGAAUAUGUCGACUCGACAUAAGACUACAAUUAAACUCGAUAACGGCAAGUGUUUUGAGGCGAUUAUGCGUUUCGAUACUGAAGUAGAACUCGAAUACUACAGGAAUGGAGGAAUUCUUCAUUAUAUGUUACGACAACUUCUCAAUAAUUAAAUGACAAAAAAACAGUAUAUGUUCUCAAAUUGAGGAUAAAAUGAUUACGCGAUUUAUUUGGAGAUUUAUUUUUAUAAAACUUUUGUUAUAAAAUAACAUAUUUUUAAAAUCAAUAAAGUAAUGAAAUUCAAUGAAA